GAACUCGGCGAUUCGUUUCGACUGUAUGUAACUACAUCUCCCGACCUAUUUUCCCUGCUCGCUUUAUUUGGUUUUGGUCUCAUUGUUAUGCUUCAUCAUCUCAAGUGCUCGUCUGGCCUCUACUUCUAUAGUCAACAAGCCAGUCGUGAUGGGCCCAUCGGCGCCGAGUUGCGCUUCGCCCCCCCUGUUUUGCCUCGGUUGGGCUUGUAGAAUUGACGGCCUUGUUUUUCGGUUUGCCGCCACCCUCGUCAGUGUCUAAAUCAAGUCGCGUGCGAGGGAGUGUGUUUUUUCAGACAAACACUUCGAUAGACACUGCUGGAAAAGCGACAAACGCGGCCCAGCACAACCAGCAGGAAAACAGUGGGCGACGUCAACUUUGUGCGUCAUAGUGUUAAUGGAAGCGAAAACAUUGUAUGCUAUCUUUCAAACUGCACAGUCUGGUUUCGACGCCACAAGAAAAUGGCUUUAAAAAAAAAAUGCGAAAAAAAACAACAACAACAUAAUAACAAAAGGGCCGAAUUGAAAGAUUUAUUCAUACGUACCAUUUAACCCGCAUUUCAGUACGUUCUUCUUCCCAGUCGAAAAUUGAGUUCGUGGAGAUAAAGAAAAGGCAGCUGGUGGAGAUUACGUACUAUAUGGUCCUCUAGGCUAGUCAUGCGCCCCUUUUUUCUUUUUUUUUUUUUUAUCCCGUCCAUGUCAGGCAGUCACGCAGUCCCCGUUCGAUAUAGGCCAUCAUGGAUAGAGUUUUUUUUUCUUUUAUUACAUUCCUCUUUUUCUCUUUAACUUUGGCCGUCGUAUUUUAAAUCCUGCUUGCCGCUCUAAAGGAGUCACAGAAAGAAAAAAACAAAAACAAAACUUGUGUCGCCAAGAAAGAGAUACCACUCGUCUGGGGAGACAAAAUAAAAACAACAAGACCAACUAAAAAAAAAAAAAAAAAAAUGGCGUCGCUGUGAAUCCAACGUCCUCCUCCUUCGCUGCCGUCCGGAAUGUGAACCUACUUAUUUGAGGCGCUUUCUGGUUGAUUGUGUUAUUUUUGGAGUUUCUUGUGGAUUAUUUUCCCCUGAGCGACAUACCCCUUAGCUCAAUUCCACUUUCAUUAGUAGUACACAGCGUCCGCGCUGCGAUUCUUUAACAGAAUACGUAGACCGCGGAACUGAUCAGACAAGCUUUUAAUACCUUCGACUGCUUAAGAAAAUGAAUUAUGAAAAAAAUUAUCGGUAAGGGAUUUUUUUUUUCUUUCUUUCUUAUUUUCAUUUUAUUUCACGUGUUCACAUCGCUAACAUAGCGGCAUUCUGUGACGUUUGAACCGCGUAAAGUGAUGCCAACAUUUUUGUUUUCAUUUUGUUUCUAAUUGGCAGCUACUGAUAAUGGUUUUAAAAAAAAACAGUGGUUCACACAAUGUCGUCAAAAACUAGGCAGCCGCAAGUAGAAGAGUGAACAAUCCGCGGAUGAUGGUAAAAAGCCGUUCGGAUGGAGUGAGGGAUAUGCAAAUGAAGUGACGACGAUGCCAUUCAACACGUUUGCACGUGAAAGGUUCUGCAUAUGAAAUCGUUCAGCCGAGAAGGCGACGAGGAAAUCGGAACAAAUAGAUUCAAACGAAUUGGAAAUUUGAGCAUCUUUGAAAGACUGAGUGCUAUCGAUUUUUGACAAUAAAAAUGAAAAAUGAAAAAAAUAAAUUGUCGCGGCUCGGUCGUGUUUAAAGCGAUUCAAUCAUGCACGUCUUUCCAACAUGUGCAAAUCAAAUGAAAUGUAAAUAAGCCAAGUACAAAUAGAAUUUGGGACAAGGAGAAUGACGUUUCGUUUUGGCUCUCGUCCGACUAUCGUGAUAGAAGCAAACCCAGAACGACGAAAGGAAACAUGGCCAAACAGGGUAGUUACGUAAUAUUGCCCUGCCAAAGAGUAUAGGACUACUGUAUAUCUAUUACCCGUCGAAUUUUGUCAACUUUUCAAAGAGGUUUAGUGGGUCAACCAUUCGGCGCCGGCGCACGGAUAACAUUGGAAACGAAAAUUCUUUGUCCGACAGUUUUCCGUUGUUUGCGUCCACUUCCAGAAGAUGCGGAUAACAUGAGUAUAACCUUACUGUCAACUACUGAUCACAUCCACCGUACGCAAGGGAAAAAAAAAAGAGAGAGACAGAGGUUCAAAAGGAGAGCGGUUUCGACAGAAACCACGUCUGGCAUCUCAGGAAAAAAAAGGGUUUAGAUUGCUGAGUAAGGCAGAAAGAGGGGUGGUAGGUUAGCGCAAAGAGGUUCGGUGGGUCGGGAUUCGAGCCGUACCGUCCCGUUGCCUUGCCUCUUUUCUUCGUUCACGACCUCAACCAAUUUGGUGCGCUCAGUACUGAGCGGCAGUUCUGCUAGAACGGACGCACUUCUCUCUGUUACGUUGUUUGCCGCUGCUCUGUUUCGUUUUCGUUUUAUUUUGAGUAGAACAUUGAGAGAAUAAUAGCCUAUACAACAGUAGAAUGGGCGAAGCGGUUAUCUCUGAGUGUGCGACAGCAAUUUUCUGAUUAAACGCUCAGCACCUUCCGUGUUCCGUUUCCUCCAAAGUGUAUUCGUUCGCUCUCUUAUGUGUUCUCCUUCACCAUCACCUGUGUGGAUGUGCGUCCAUUAUUCAGUUAAUUGGUGAACCUUUUUCUUUCGAUUGUUCGUGAAAAGAUUGACUCUCAAAUCUUUGAUAGAAAUGCACUAUUUAUAUCUGAUAAUUUGCCCGAUGCUUUGCGGAGAUUAGUGCAGAAGAAACGACACACGUCGAGUGUAGCCUGUUUUAAUGACAAAAGAAAGAGCAAAGAAAGCUGUAGAGCCCGUCAGUCCCUUUUUGUCGCCCUGCGGGGUGAGCUUUAAAGAAAAAAACAUUUUCCGGUCGAUUGGUGGAUCGGGUUAAAAGCAAGUCAGUGUCGGUCGUGUUGUUUUUUCUAUCCCGGUCCUCAUCAUCCCCGUCACUUGUUGUAGCCAAUCGAAAUCAGCCGUUUUGGGGGCAAAACAUCGACCAAUAUCCUUGUGGACGUCCGUACCUUAUUUUGUUUUUAUUUAUUUAUUUUUUUUGCCUGGCUAGAAGUUUUUUCUAGCUGGUUCUUCUCAACCCCGACCAAUGUUAUUUCUUGACUUUUUAUUUUUGCUUUUAUCUUACCGACCCUUCAGUCCCACCAGCACUCGUCCUACUACUUCUCCGGUCGCGCUCGCUUUAGUGUUUAGUUCCCGGUGACGACGACGCCUUUUAUUCCGUCACUUCGACGUCAAUUGAAAGAAGAAGAAGAAGAAAAAAAGACAUAAAAGGGUAGGAAGGCAGUAGAAGAAAGAAAGAAGCGCUUCUUAAUGGGACAUGGAAUGGAUUGGAUGGAAUCGCAUGGGCCGAACGGAUGUUGGUGACAGUGUUAAUCAUGGGCAUCGGUCCAGGCUGUGAAGUGUGGCGUGCCGCUGAAGAUCCUUAGUUGACGUUCAUCUGCCAUUUUCUGCAAAUGACUGCGCUUGCAUUCUGCCACAUUUCGAACGACCUAAUGGGAUCGAAGGCGCGAAAAUCAGCUUUAUUGUGCAUUGCGGCGUACAGUUCGAUGGUCCCUUCGUGCGUGAUUGUCCGUUGAUGAGACGCGGUCCGUGACCAGAUCAAUCCUCGUCGGGCAUUAGCGGGUGAAAGUGUUGAAAAGUAGCCACGGUGGCGUCUUGUGCUGGCGUCCAUGCACUCAUCAUCAGCAGCAAGUUGGCGAGUAAAUCUGGCAACGAAAAGGGUAAAGUGAUUGGAGCGGAAAAGGCGAAACAGAAAGCUAAAAGGGAACCCGGAAUAAAGUAGGCCGUGGGCCGGUGCUAGGGCGUUCUAACGCAAUACAAAGAUAUCGCUGCAACGAUCGAUUGAAACAGUAUCGAUCCUAGUCGCCCUUCUGCCCGUGUUUUUAUUCUAGCUCGUCUAUUUCUCACUCGACUUUUAUUUCCAUUUUAUUUGAUUCUUGAACUGGUAUCGAGUGCGUUGGGGAGGCGGAGAAGCCGUUAAGUGUGGCAAAGUGGAGUGUGGGUCUUUUCAUUGCCCCAAUCAUGGGCAGCGAAAAGAUGCGCACCGACACCAAAUUGACGAUCGGCUUACGUCGACUGACACCCGAACUCUUGCUACCGACGGAUGCGUCUCCGGUGCCCAACUUGGUCACCACCCGAUCGGUUAGCCAACCUAAACUGCACGAGCCACAGCAACGGCAGCAGGCGCACCAGACGCAACAUCACACGGACGAUUUCCUACAUUCAACCAUGAAGUUGUUUCUGCUGGUCACGCCUCCAGCCGCUCGGAUGCAGGGUCGUUCGAAAAGUUUGACUCACAUCGACACCCUGGAUCCGGGUAUGUUGGUGUCGCGAGAAAAUUCAGGGGAUAGCCGAUCGGAGCCGGAUUCAACGAUGCAAUUGGCCGGUGGAUCACAGGACCGAUUGACGGUGCCGGCGAUGGCGACUGCGGCUCUCUCUAGUCCCAUCGUCUCGACCGUCGUGGCGUUGACUAGCCCCGCACCUAUCAACUCUUCCGCAUUAACUACGGAGGAACACAGCUCUUCCGACCCAGCCGUGAGACGAAGGCGAUUGUCUAAUCUUUACAAAAUCACGAGUUCGGAGUACUUCAGUGUCAGUUUUGACUGUUUGGAGGAGCCCGGACAGGAGGAAUUUGUAGCCGCCUCAAAAGGAACGAGUUUAAGGGAGGCGUUGGCAGCCGUUUGCAUGCGGCGCGGGGUUGAUUUGUCAAAUGUCAACGUUUAUUUGGACUCCUCGAAAACACCCCUGUCUUUGAUAACGACCGAGACUUUCUGGCUGGGUGGCAAGCACCUCAGGAUCAAAGCUAAAGAUGGCGUCAAAAGUCCUGUGCGGAACGUGGUCUCCAAGCCACUGUUGCAACAUCAAUCUUCAAGGAAAAGUUCAGGAAGCAAUCGAAGUGGAAAGACGAGCCGGGCGCUUAGCGGAGCAACCAGUACCGAGGAUCCGACGGCGCUCGGAGCCGAUUGUACAACCCAUCCUGUUUCCGGAAACCUGCCCAUCAGCAUGGCCAAUCUAGCUAGCAGCGGGUCUCACGAGGGAUCGCUCAAGGGCAAAGGCGCUAAAGCCACCACGCGAUGGAGUGGUCUCUUCGGCUCGACGUACAAGGACACAAAAAUGGACCUACUCGCUGAUCAAUUGAAUGAUUACAGCCGGCACGGUAUACCGCGAUUACCUCAUCUCCUGACUUUCGAGGCGGACGAGGAUACGGAAGAGGCACUCUACAGUUUGGAGGAAGACUGGAAACUGAUCGUGAUGGACUGGACUUCGCUACCGGAGCGACAGCGCCAACAGCAGAACGCCAUUUGGGAACUCGUUCAGACUGAAGUGGCUUAUCUGCGGACCCUAAAAGUCAUCACUGACUUGUUCAUGGCCUGUCUGUGCAAUCUCCAAGCAGCCCAGAUCCUCAACGAAAUCGACACGGAGCGCCUCUUCUCCAAUUUGCCGGAGAUUUAUGUGGCGAAUAGGCAAUUUUGGGCCGAGCACGUUUUCCCCAUGCUCAAGAAUGCACGCAGCGCCAGAGCUCCGCUGGAUCCGACGUCCCUACGGGAAGGAUUCUUAAAGUUUGACGAGUUAUUCCAUCCGUAUACCAAGUACUGCUUGGAUCAGAGCCAAUGCCAGCAAUACUGCAAAGAGAAGGACCACGAUAACGAACUUUUCAAAGCCUAUUUAGCGUGGUGCGAGACGCAGCGCGACUGCAACCGCCUUAGACUGAUGGACAUCCUUGUCAAACCUAUGCAGCGACUCACCAAAUAUUCCCUCCUUCUCAAAGCCGUUCACAAGAAAACGGACGCUGAAGAACAUAAACCCGUUGUUGUCGAAAUGAUCCAAAGUGUCGAGUCAUUUGUCGGUCAAGUCAACUCGGCUCUGAGGCAACGGCACGAACAGGAACGCCUACGUGAAAUUCUUUCGCGAAUUGAAUCGUACGACGUGGUGGAGGCAAAAGACGAAGAAGUUGAACGUCUCGUCAAGUCUCAUUGUGACCUGGAUCUUACCAAGCCAAUGCCAUACUGUUCCGAGAACCAAAGGCGUUAUCUGCUUAUUGAGGGAGACUUGAAACUUCGCGAUCAGGGAACCUCGAAAAUGGACGUCCAUUGUUUUCUUUUCACUGACGUUCUGCUGAUCUGCAAACCAGUUGCACGCAAGGCGGAAAAAGUCAAAGUAAUCAGGCCUCCUUGUUUGGUUGAUCGGUUGGUUGUCAUUGAACUGACUCGCGAUCCAGCCGGUCUUGGCCUGGUUUACCUGAACGAGCUGGGCACGGCGUCUGCUGCGUUUUCUCUACAUGCCUCCGAACCGAAGCAAAGCAAAGUGUGGUUGGACCAUCUCCGCAAAUCGCAAGAACUUUAUCGUGAUGCUAAAGCGACAGCAGCUGCUGCGGCCGUCCAUCCGGAUCCUUCGCUUUAUUAUGACGAGGACGACGAUCUUGAUUAUCCCCAUUCUGCAUUACUGGUGGCGCGCAGUCCUAGAGGCUCGAGCAGAGGAAGCCGUGGUUCCUCAUUAAUUCAUUCGCACAGGAUCAGCCCGUCGCUCCCGUUCUUGACAGCUGAGAAUGACGAGUUGAAUGUUGCUGUUGGCUCAGUCGAUAUGAAUGAUCUAGCGAAUGCUAAUCGAGGCAACUUGGUGGACUCGUUGGAAAUCAAACGAACUUCGAGUGCGUCGUCUGAAGAAAGCGGACCGCAUGCGCCUCCCACAGCGGUCAAACAAAUCCCAUCUCCACGUACUGACAGACGUUCCAUAGUAGGUCGAUCGCUGCAUCAUUCCAUGUCACCUGUUCCCACGCCGAACACGCUGACGGUACAGGUUCCGCACGUCAAAGCCGUUUCCAAUCAAGGCCAGUCGUUGCCUAAUCUUUUAUCGAUCGCUGUGCCGGUUCCGGUCACUCCAGCCUCAGGAACUACCUCGGGAAUGGGGUCGUCGCUUAAUGUGUCCGGCCGUGUCCACUCGCCUUCCGCUUUAAAUCAAAGAGGCGUUUCAUACCCUCCGCCUUCGCCACGUGGUCUGACUCGAACACAGCCCGUACCGCAGUCCCGCAAUCCUCCUCUCGUUAAAACCCGACGUUUGGCUUCUGUAGCCGGGCUCGUUAAUGUCAACGUUACCGAUCCUUCCAACCAACAUUUAGCUACGUGUGAAGCCAUUAAUCCGAAUGUGGAAUUAAGAACUUUUACAAACGGCGUAGCUGCGACCACCCCCGAAAUUGUAACCGAAUCGUUUGAUUUAAACGAAGUUGGGGCUGAGUUGGAAGACGAAUUAGUCGAUCCUGAAUACGACGAUCAUCGCCAAGUUCUAAACGCCGCGCUGGCAAAGCGUUUAUCGAGAAAUGAGCGUUUAGACCACCGAAGGUAUCAUACGGCUGGAGCCAUCGAAGACAUCAAGAAACAAGAUGCCAAGAACAACAGCAUCCAUAAGCGCCUUUCUUGGAACUACGGACAGCAAGCAAAUCAAACAGUAUCCCCCAGUUCUAGCUUGUCAACGAGUAGACUUCUCCGUUCGGGCUUAAUGGGAAGCGCUACCAAUUCUGAUUCAAUGCUCAGCUUCAGUUCUAGCGGUGUUAGUAGUACCGGAUCUUUACAUCUGAGUACAGCCUCAGAGGUGGAAGACGUCUUGGAACUUGAACCGGACGUAAACUAUAAAAUGCACAUCUCGUCGACGUACAUAUGCAACUCCGAACUACCCAAAACUGAAGGAACUCACGUCCAGGUGCGACCUUUCCAGGAUAAACAAUCUCACAACAUUCUGCAUUCUUCGCGAGCGGCGCCCCCACCGCCACCUCCACGAAGUCUCCCUGUACCAGCAUCUUUACCUUUGUCCGGAGAUCUUCGACUGGAUGUUUCAGAAGUUUGCGACGGAAUUUCUUCCGUGCAGAUUACCGUAUCAGGCGCUGAAUGUUGCUCAUCCCCCAAUGCAACUUCACCAACGGUCAAUGGAAAACCAUCGCGUGCAGACUUAAUACGUAUGAAAGAUCUUAUUAUGGGAGAUACAUCAAUGGAAGCUUCGGAAGUGUAACACAAAAAUUGGGGAAAACUUUCCAAUUGUAUUCCAAAGAACAAAAAAAUCCCACUGUAUCCCCCCAACGAACUCUGUGUUGGUUGAAACCCAAAGAGCAUUUGGUGCAAGGACGCUUGAAGGACUCCGAUGUCCAGCUCGUUGAGGAUCAUACUUAUUUAAAUUUUUGUCAUAAAAUGCGUCUAGAGACAAAUGAUUGACACAUAUAUAAUUGCAACUGAAUUUUAACGUUAUUUCGUAAAUGAUUGUGAUGAUGCAUAAGAAUUUCCAUUUAAAUACUUGUUUUAAUAUUUGUGGCGUCACGCAAAUAAUUGUCUACCUACGUUUUGUAUCAAUAUUGGCUUUUGGUGCUGUAAGAUCAUGUUUCUUUCUUCAUUUUCUCAAUUUCGUCUCGGUCGUGCACCUUGUAAUUGAUGUCUUCUGACUAGUCAGCUACUAUUAUUUCAUUUAAACAUCUUGAUUGCUUCCCUUUUGCAUUUGAGGGAGGUCACUUUCCUAUGCAUAUCGCAUUAUCAAUGCGUUACUAUUUUGCUUUGUAUUAUUCAAUUAUUCCGUAUUUUAAAAUUUAAUAUUCCUCGUCUCUCCAGAACUUCUGAAAUUGGACGAAUAAACCACAUUUUGCAUCUUAA